ACUUCUCAGAAUUCUUAUUACAUUUAUCGGUGUAAAUAUAUGUACAUAAAUGCGCCUACAACGCGAGAGUUGCCUUAUUAUAGUUGAUGCGAUACAUUCGUAGUAGCAGCUUAAGUACACCCGUGUAUUAUCAGCCUGAGGAUGGUUAAUUGAAUAUAAGAGGACCGUUUACGAGUUGUCUCAGAAAUACAGUCUUUGUUGUUUGUUAAAUUAUAUGUGUCGUUGCGUGUGUAUAGUGACAAUUUUUGUUUGUUUGUUCAUUUAAAUACCUGCAGUUGGAAAAAUUUCGUGAAUUCAAAUAUACGAAUAAUUAUUCCGAACCAAUUAUUUCAAUCAAACUGCCUCUUCCAGAGAACUGAUUGAUCAAGUGAAGUGCUGUACAGGUUCCAGUGAAUUCGAGACAUCAGGUGAACUGACUGCCAACGGAUUGUCAAUAAAUCCAUACAAUCUUCGCGAUAAGGGUUGCAGAGCCAAUUACGAUCGGAAGAUAAUUGAUAUCAGUCUUGUUCAAAGAGUACAAAAAGAAAAGAAAGAAAGAAAAAAAUAUAUCUUUUCAAACAAGUAUAAAAUAAAAGCUGAGAUAUAAUACAACCAGGGAAAAAUUUGUAGUGACGAGUGCCUGGAAGAGUGGUGGAAAUAUGGUUUCGUGACGAUAGCUUUUUAUUAGCCUCAAGUCGGUUCUUGCGAACGAUAUUUCAGCUGUCAAAGUUUUUGGUAGAUUGACGAGGAACAGGUGCCUGCGAAUAAAACAUACGAAAAUUCUGAGUGAGACUUGGAACAUUGCUGAAAAUGUCCAAACGACAAUGGCUGGUUCUGCUCAUGUUGUUCUUGACUUAUUUGCUCCUGGGGGCUUUCAUAUUUUAUCACAUUGAGCACCCACUGGAGGUUGAAGAGGUUACAGAAGCCAGGAGGAGUCGCAUUCAAAUCAACGCACUUCUCCACGAGCACUACGUGCCGAACGAGGAACACGAUCAGAAUGAAAUUUUCGAGAAACUCACCGCCUACUGCGGGAAGCCAGUUUCCAACUACACGGAGGGCGAAGUCGAUCAGUAUAAAUGGGACUUUUACAACAGUUUUUACUUUGCAUACACCGUCGUCAGUACUAUUGGGUACGGAAAUCUGGCACCAACGAAUAUGCUAGGACGAAUUUUGAUGAUUUUUUACGCCCUCAUCGGCAUUCCAAUGAAUGGUAUUCUGCUAACUCAACUUGGCGAUUACUUUGGCAACGUGUUUAUUCGAGCGCACCAGAAGUACAAAUCGUAUAAAAAUGGGCCCUCCGAUUCUCAGAAAAGACGGAUUCCUCUGGAAACAGGACGGGCUGGUUUGAUGGCUCAGAUUCUAAUGUAUCUGGUACCGGGAUUCGUCAUGUUCAUAUUCUUUCCAUCAUUUUUGUUUUCGUACUGGGAGGGUUGGAAAUACGACGAAUCAGUCUACUAUGCUUUUGUGACCCUCAGCACCAUUGGUUUUGGCGAUUACGUUGCAGGACAGGACAACACCAAGGGAAGUGGUAUUUUCUGGAUGUUCUAUAAGGCCUUUCUUAUAAUUUGGAUAUCCUUUGGAUUGGGAUACUUGGUCAUGAUUAUGAGCUUUAUAUCACGAGGUAUGCGAAGUAAGAGGAUUACCAGGAUAGAGCAUAAGCUAGCUAUGAACUUGAAACAUACACAGAGCAAGAUUUGGAACGAGGUCAACAAGGAUGUCAAUUACUUAAGGAGAGUCUUUAACGAGAUCUACAUGAUGAAACUCAAGCCCGUGUAUCGAGAUGAGUACCAAAGUGAACUUCCGGAGUAUAAAUUCGCUCGAAGUCACAGUUUCCCGGAUCUUCGUGAAUUGGUGUAUGGUGGCCGAGAAGUGGAUGUUCCAGUUCAUCCAAGACGACGUGCUAACAGUGAAGCUGCGCAAACUAUUCAAUAUGAGGCCGUAAAUCGCGUACUGUCAGAAAGUGAUCUCGAGAGGAUAGACAAGAACGCGACAUUUGCUUCUCAUGCGAUGGUCCAGCCAGCUGAACUGCUGGCUCGUCUUGUGACUGCCUUGGGCUCCAUUCCGGCUCCUCCGGAACAAUUCGAUAUAUCCGAUGAAGAGACCAACCAGCCAGAGCUGAAGGGAGUCGAUGGCUUUAGCGACAAAGACAUUUUGGCAAGCGAAAAAUCUUGGGCAGGUUCCGGGUGGAGAAUUGGCGGUGAGAAAGUGAAACCUUCUCAACCUCGGAUGAGAGCAGCGAGUGAGAUCAGGCUACGGAAGGAUGACAACGGUUAUGGUGAUCAUGAGCAGAAUACCGAAUGGACCUGGUCCGGGCCGGCGGCGUCGAGUAAGAUUCAGGAACUGAUGAAAGCGCGGCAAAAAAGUGGAAAUUCUACUCCUAUGAAGGGUUCCAAGUCCCGUCUGCCUUCCUUCUCUCUGUCAUCGGUGCCAAAGACCAUACGUCCUAGGUGGUUCAACCCAUUCUCGAGCAAGAAGAACUCCGGCGAAGUGUCACGGCGGGAGUCCUUCCCAGGUUCCGAUGUGGCCGACCAGCUGAAAGAGAAUUACCUUUCCCACACUGGGAGUAUGCGCCCUAUGGCACAACCGGACCGUAGACAGUCCGCUGCUCCGCAUUAUUUCACACACACAGGUGGAAACCUGCCGGAUAGUCCAGAAGGGAAUUUGCUCGAGGAAACGUCUUUGGCUGAUUUCUUGCGUGCCCUAACUGCUUUGCACUCACGAGUGGGCGCCGUUCCCGACGAAUUUGUUUCAAGACCUCAGCGAAAAUUAGGCACUGCAAGUCUGACUCCACCAAAGCUUCCUAGUCUUUUAGCUCUCUUCUCACCUCCUUCACACUUGAUACCGCAGAGCCAAAGUACACAGAGUACAGUUACAGCGGGUCAAAUGGCUGAAAGGAGAUUUUCUCUAAGACCGGUUGAUGAUUCUAUCAUGUCGACCCCCGGCCUUCGUCGUAAAGCCAGCUUCCUACCCGGUGCUGGAUCCCGGCGAUUCUCUCUAAGACCAGAAGAAAGCACAGUUACGUCCACGCAAAGCUACGGACGCAAAGGUAGCAUGAUACCCGGGUCGGUGCCCAGAAGAUUUUCUUUGAAAUCAGAAUUCACAAAUGCAAGGACUUCGCCACACAAUACACCACCUUACACUCCGGACCUUGUCCCACUUCAUAUACGAGAGCGACAAAAUCCUCCACCAUACUCGGCCGAUCCGUUCAUAUUCGAAUGUCCGAAGGAACCCUUGGUUCCGGCAGAAGUCGGCCCAGCCCAGGAUGGCAUUUCGAUUCCUACUCGUGCCAAACCUCGUCGCUUUUCUCUUCGCCCAGCCCAAAUUGGAGUUCCGCCAGCUCCUGCCUCGCCGAAAACAUCCCAAAUGGGCAGACCGAUACCGAGAUGGAAGGGUGGAAUGCUACAACGCCAAAUCAGCGAGCUGAACCUCCAACGACGUGAAAGAGCGUUUAGUUUAGGGGACGUCAACUCUAUCAGAAAUGAACGGCCUGUCGGUCAGACGAGCCCGUUGGCUUUGCCUAAUACCAAUUUGAACUCACCAAGCCUGACUUCAAGUCGCUCAUCGCUGACGGACAACAUCGACAAGGCAAACUCACAAGCACUAGGCAAAGCAGUGAACACUCUGGUAUCUAGCGUAUUUCCAUCAAGAUCAUCUCGUUAUGCUAGACAGAGUAGUGCAGGCUUUACUGAUCACUUAUCAAGCGGACAGAGCUCGAAACAUGAUAAAACAGAAAUACUUUCACGAUCUUUGCAGCCUGCGCAAGCGUUGCAUGGACAAGGACUGGUAAGACAAGACCAGGGUGCUUUGAAACCUUCUGGCGUAGGUUCAACGCGUUUGAACGCAAGCGUACAAAGAGUUUCUCCAGAAGUCAACGCGGCACAGCUGGCAUCGCAGAAUUCUAACCCAUUCAAUCCCUACUGCCGUGUAGAACAAUUAUCGGAAGCGCCAGAAGGAUCUGGGCAAAUCUCGACGGCCAUUAAAAUAGAUGAUCCAAAAAAGUCUUCUGCCACCGACCGCUAUAGUUCUUUGGAAUUACAUUCAGUUUUGAUUGACCAACCAUCGAGCAAAUCUCUUCAGCCGUCAGUAGAACAGUAUGUAUUCAAACCGGAUUCGCUGACGGAAGUCAGAGUCGAUUCCCCCUUGACUGCGGCGAUGAUGGCUGCACACAGUCACAGAUUAUCUGCGAGUGAAUCGAUACCGGAUUACGAUAUGCAUGCAGCGAGGAAGAUUUCUGUUAUAUCGGAAAAAAGUACCGCAUCAGCGGACGCUUCGAGUGAUGCAGAAAAAUCUGCAAGCAGAAAGACUUCAACGAUGUCUCAACGAAGCCUCAAUUCUGCAUCUCUGUCUGAAAGCAGAAAGAAUUCGACAUCCAAAUCGGCCGCGUCAAAUAAGCCGAGGGUUUCAAUAGAAUCUUACAAACCGUUGGUCGAGUUGACGAUUGAAAAACCGGCAACGAACCCUUUCGAACAGUACCAAGCAACGGUGAAGUGCAAGAUGGAAAAACCGCGAGAUAGGUCUCUUGACUCCAGCGAACCAUCGACGAGCGUAAAAGAUAGUCAUCGUCACUCCCCCCCCGUUUCAGCGUCUGAGAAAUUAGAAUCCACGCAGUCUUCCGUAAAGAGUAAAAAUACUUAGAAGCGGUUCGGUGGUUCACUGAUUUUGAAGGAAAUUGUUAACUCUUUGAUCUAAAAUACCUUAAUUUCACGUACCUGAAAAACUCGGUAAAAGUAUGGAGGGCGUGUUGAAUGAAAUGUAUGUACUGUGCAACGGGACUGAUUCGAAGACGGUUUUACGACUUUCACAAUUUCUCAAAGGUAAAAAAUAAGAAGUACCCAGAAGUGUUCAUUGUCAUAUCGGGUUAUUUCGUCGAGAUGUUUCAUGUGCUAUUAACAAAGGGUGUACCGGUUAUACCAUUGUAUAUUACGUACUGUAUGUACAUGAGUGAAUUCCUCAUAAGACUAUACGCCAUGGGUGAGGUUAAUGCGAGAUAUAAAACUGUUUACGUAAAAGCUUACGUAAAUGAGUCAGCGUUAAUUUUCGAGUGAUUCUAUGGGAACAAAAGGGGCAAACACGUAAUUAGCAAAUUAAAAGUGCAUAGUACAAUAACUAAGGCAUGUUGUAGUUUGCGUUUAGCUUUUGACAUUUAAUUUCUUCAGUUGAAAAAGAUAUACGUAUAUACCUAUGUGUAUACUGUACCUACAUGUAUCUUUUGCCAAACGCCAGUUCAAGGUCCAUACAUUUAACUUAUUUUGUCACUAGAAGCAAUGAAUUUCAAAUUAAUAAUUAGCAUAUCAAGGUAAAAAAAAUGAGGCCUCUUGUGUUAAGAAUUGAAUUUAGCAAAAAGCUGUGGCAUUGAAAUAAAAAUGAGGGUGCCUCCUUGAAAAUCAUAGAUUCAGCAAUAUUGAUGGUACGCUGCAAAAAAAUGUUCUGUCACAGAGGUCUUUUACCGUCAGUAUUAUAGUUUCUUACCAAGAUUACGGCCAGAAUAUGAGAUGAAAAGGUACAAGAGUGCUAAUGAUUAAUUAGAAAAAAUAUAUUAUUUAUUCGUCAGACAAGGAUGCGGCAGGAUCGAUUCCACUAAUAUUUUAUAAGUAGAUGCCAUUCUAAAAUAAGUCUAUAAAUAAGAAUGUUAUUUAAUAACUGUGAGUACGUUAAUUAUUAAACGGGCGUAUGUGAUCGGCGCUGUGAUUAUGUAUUUCAAUAUCGCGCAGGGAGAGAGGGCAAAAAUAUUAGGUCCUCUUAAUUCCCUCCGAACGGCCAGUACAAUUCUGCAAUAAAAACAAAGAAACCAUCAUCUUAUUUCCUUGA